ACCACCUCGGCGCGCGUCCGCCACUCCUGCCCCUUCUGGGCCGGCUUCUCGGUGCUCUUAUCGGGACUUAUCGGAGUCGUAUCGUGGAAGAGACCACUCUCGCUUGUGAUAACCUUUUUCAUGCUCCUCUCGGCCGUCUGCGUCAUGCUGAACUUGGCCGGGUCUAUUCUCUCCUGUCAGAACGCUCAGCUGGUGGACUCCUUGGAAGGCUGUCAGCUGAUAAAAUUUGAUAGCGACGGAGUUUGCGUUUGCUGUGAGCUGCAACAUCAGACCUCGGGCUGCAGCAAUCUCGGGGAGACGUUGAAAUUGAACCCUCUUCAAGAAUGCAACGUUGUCCGGCUCACGCUGAAGGACCUGUUGUUUACUGUGUGCGCUCUCAAUAUCGUCUCCACGAUUGUCUGCGCGUUGGCCACGGCCAUGUGCUGCAUGCAGAUGGUCUCUUCGGAUGUUCUGCAAAUGUUCCUACCACAGAGGCUGCAUUCUGCAAACACAAACUGCAUGACGUCCCACGGAACUAUUCUUCACCAGACUCUGGAUUUUGACGAAUUCAUCCCGCCGAUCCCGCCUCCCCCCUAUUACCCUCCUGAGUACACCUGCACUCCUGUAAUAGAAGCACAAAGAGGGCUGCACCUGGACUUCCCUCACUCGCCCUUCAGUGCUUUGUAUGAGGUUUCCAUUAACAGCCCUGGGAUGGUCUACCCAGCCGAGCUGCCCCCUCCAUACGAAGCCGUGAUUGGACAAACGCCUGCUCAUCAGGUCACAACCCUGGAGCAGCAAGUUGCAGAGUGCAGCCUGGACGAGAGGAGCACUCCCGCAACCUUUGGCCUCCAAGUGGACAGCACAUCCCAGAUGGUUUCUGAAGUUGUAGACAUCCCUGGUCACAGCUGUUCCUCGGAGGAUCUUUGUUCCCUGGAAGUCCAAGAGUCUCUGCUUUCUGCAGAUCUAUCUUCCUACGGCACGACCCACAAAGGAGCUACAAAUCGCAGCUGCUCCAGUUUGGACUAUAGCAUCCGCUGCGGAUUGCACAGGACUAAUUCGCAAGGCUCGCCGGAUGAAGACGUUGGCGACAGGCCUCACGGUCAGGAACACGAGACCUGCCCCCGUAGCCGAUCUUCAGACUGUUCCUCGGAGAAUUUUAGCGCCUCCGAGAGAGACUCCCGCAACUUGGCUCGGGAAUGCAAAGCCACCCCUCCGCUCAAGCCGAGGAAAAUGUGCUGUGGGGUCUUUGGCCAGACAGCCGCUUCACAGACUUACCGCACCCGUUCAGUGCCUGUUCAUGCUUUGCCCCACGGCUGCCCAGAGAGAACGGCUAAGCAGCGCAUCAGGAAAGGGAAAAUUUCAAAUAUCGUCCGAUCUACUAGUGACCCUCUAUCGUGUUCAUCUACCUUAGAAGUUCCCGUUCCUAGUCCUCAUGUGGCUGCCUCUGCUUGUCAGGACACCGCAAACCGUUUCCUGCCCGCUGGGAAGCCGAGGGAACUGAGGAAAGCCGACCUUGCCCGAAAGCCAAAGGCCUUAGAGGAGACCCUCUGCAAAGAGCGGCCCCACUCCUUAGUCGACCUGCAGACCUAUAAAGACACUAAGAUUCUGGUGGCCAAAUUUUUGGAACAUUCGAACUGUAACCUCCCUCCAGAGGUGCGCCAUGUGGUCAACAGCAUCCGGUCUGUCAUCAAGUCUGACGAACGACACAUGGAAGAAGCCAUCUUCAGUGCAAACAUCAUCGACCAGGUGAUCACAAGCUCCCAGCAAAAUGUGAAUACUUCACGCAAACGGCUCCAGGAAGACCUCCACCUCCAGAGCUGCGGCGCGCUGAGCUCCCCCGUUGCCUUCCUCCGUCGGGCCCACAUCAGGCACAGCUUAGAGCGGGGCAGGCCACACAGUUUAAUCGGCGUCUGCCGAGAGACCAUCCUUUGACGGUGACUCUGAGCCUCCCCCCGGUAAGGAAUGCAAACUCGAGCAAAGGCAACUAACUCACGGAGAAUCGCCCCCCAAAACGGAUGACUUCAAAACAGGCAAGUCCGUACAUCCUGACACGUCUUCCUUGUGCGGUUCUGUUUUGGAUCUUCUUCUCCGAAGCUGAAUGCUCGACUCCUUUCACGAGUGCAAAUUCCCAAAGUUAUCCUCCCUCCCCUUUCGGCCAAGAAGAGGGGUUUAUUAUUUAAACCUUGUAAGAAAUAUAUUUUGUCCCCCCCUAC